CCAAAAUAGAUUUCUAUCUUUGCUUUUAGACAGCUUAAAUAUUCUUGCUAUUUAUCUCUAGAUUUGGUUGGUUGCUGAUUUAUACAAGUUGAUGUGAAAUAAAAUACUUGUUAGAAAGAAUUCUGUGGACAUCAUUGCAAAUGAAGUUCUUCCUGCUUCUUUCCCUCAUUGGGUUCUGCUGGGCCCAGUAUGACCCACACACUUACUAUGGACGAAGUGCUAUUGUCCACCUGUUUGAGUGGCGCUGGGUUGAUAUUGCCAAGGAAUGUGAGCGAUACUUAGGUCCUAAUGGAUUUGGAGGGGUGCAGGUCUCUCCACCUAAUGAAAAUCGUGUAGUAGAAAGCCCUGAAAGACCAUGGUGGGAAAGAUACCAACCAAUUAGCUACAAAAUAUGCUCCAGGUCCGGAAAUGAAGAUGAAUUCAAGGACAUGGUGAACCGGUGCAACAAUGUUGGUGUCCGUAUUUAUGUGGAUGCUGUCAUUAACCACAUGUGUGCAGUAACAGCUGAAGCUGGACAAAGCAGUACAUGUGGAAGUUAUUUCAACCCAAAUAACAGGGAAUUUCCUGGAGUACCAUAUUCUGGUUUUGACUUUAAUGAUGGAAAGUGUACAACUGAAAGUGGAAGCAUUGAGAGCUACGCUGAUGCUGCUCAGGUCAGAAAUUGUCGUCUGUCUGGACUUCUGGAUCUUGCACUUGAUACAGAUUAUGUUCGUACCAUGGUGGCUGACUACCUGAACCAUCUCAUUGACAUUGGUGUAGCAGGGUUCAGACUUGAUGCUUCUAAGCACAUGUGGCCUGGAGACAUAAAGGCAAUUUUGGACAAGCUGAAUAAUCUAAAUACACAAUGGUUUGAUGAAGGAAGCAGACCUUUCAUUUUUCAAGAGGUUAUUGAUCUGGGUGGUGAGGCAGUGUCAAGUAGUGAGUAUUAUGGAAAUGGCCGUGUGACAGAAUUCAAAUAUGGAGCAAAACUGGGCAAUGUUAUGCGCAAGUUGGAUGGAGAAAAGAUGGCCUACUUAAAGAACUGGGGAGAAGGUUGGGGAUUCAUGCCUUCUGACAGAGCCCUCGUGUUUGUGGAUAACCAUGACAAUCAGCGAGGACAUGGUGCUGGGGGAUCAUCCAUCCUGACAUUCUGGGAUGCUAGACUCUAUAAAAUGGCUGUUGGAUUUAUGUUGGCUCAUCCCUAUGGUUUCACCCGGGUAAUGUCAAGUUUCUACUGGCCAAGAUAUUUCCAGGAUGGAAGUGAUAUCAAUAACUGGUUCGGACCACCAAAUGACAAUGGAGUAACCAAAGAAGUGACCAUUAACUCAGACAGCACUUGUGGCAAUGGCUGGAUCUGUGAACAUAGAUGGCGUCAAAUCAGGAACAUGGUUGCCUUCCGGAAUGUCGUCAGUACUCAGCCUUUUGCAAACUGGUGGGAUAAUGGCAGCAACCAAGUAGCUUUUGGCAGAGGAAACAAAGGAUUCAUUGUCUUUAACAAUGAUGACUGGGACUUGUCAACAACUUUACAGACUGGUCUUCCUGAGGGCACAUACUGUGAUGUCAUUUCUGGAGAUAAAGUCGAUGGCAAUUGCACUGGAACAAAAGUCUAUGUUGGCAGUGAUGGCAAUGCUCAGUUUUUUAUUAGUAGCUCUGCCGAAGACCCAUUUAUUGCAAUCCAUACAGAGUCAAAAAUAUGA